AUCCAUACGAUGAUAGCAUCUAGCCAUGGACUGCAGAAUAAUCGUAUUUAUUAAUCAUACUGUAGAGACGGUUAAAGCAGUCUGCGGACAGAUUGCGAUGAGGGAAAUGAAAAGCUGCCGGUGCGCCAUCUAUCUUCGCUCUUUUCUUAUAACAGAGGCGAUCUCUGGAGGUGGAAUUAGUCAUAGCGUGUAUAUUUUUCACUUUUCAUAACGCUACGUCAAUAUUUUUCCAACCGAUAUGUAGUUCGAGUUUUUCAAUAUAACCGCGCCGCGAGCGAUUACACGCGCUAAGAAUAGCCCCUUCGAAUCACUUCGUCGAACUAAUUUUCGCCUGUAUAUACAAUGAGCCCAAUCGACGCCACCACAAUAAGCUCAAUUUCAAAAGCCAUAAGCGUAACCAAUCACUAUACAUCCGAUCAAUCUCCCAACAACGACACACGCGAGAACAUUUCAAACGGAUAAAGAAGAGAUCGAGAGACAAGGAGCCGAAUCCCUCGAAGGCUGUGCAUCACACUAUCGUAUCUAAGACGCGGACUCCCUCGCAAACGGUCGAUUCGAAAAAGGCGCGCGCGUUGCGCAAAGCCCAUAGCGCUUGAUCCUUGGCAUCGAAUCUCCGCGGUCACUCUCGAGAGACGGACGCCCACGCGCGUCUCUUUUCCAUCGCCUCUCUCUGUGCGUGUGUGCGUAAGUAUUCGAGAAAAGCGAUCGUCGCGGCUCUCCUUUUAUCGCGCGAUUUCAUUACAUUCCGCGAGGAUAAUUCGAAGGUGAUGUGGUCUGUACGGAUCACACAGGCGUGUGCGAAUUUAUGCGCAGCGACUGGCCUGGUUACGGUGACGGAGACUUAGAACAGGAGCGAGGCCGCGCGCGGGAAAACGCGACCGUGAAAUGCUCGCACGAUUCUCUGUGUUUCACGCGGGGACGACGUGGGCAAGGUCUUCGUUAAUGCGAUAUAUAGUUUAUCGGCGUGGGCUUGUGUACGAAUGAGUAUCGAUUAUUGGAAUCUCGUUAUGACGGACCAGACGCGCCUAAUUUCAUUCGGGAAACGAUUUUGCACGCCUACCUGAGCUUAUUUGGACGCCUCGAGAUUCGGAGCAAAACAAAGGUGCGGUUGCGGCUGCGGGAAAAAAAGCUCGUAAGGAGAGCUGUAUGCAUUUUUUUUUUUGUUCGAGUCAUCUGCUUUAGUCGUAAGAGUGAUACGCUUGUUUUUCAAGCCGGCGACGACUAUUCCCGCGGGAAUCAAAGUACCCGAAAAUUUCAUUUCGGAAAUCGGCACGCGCGCGUUACGUCGUUAAACGGCCAACCUGUUCGAAAGUCGGCUCUGCGAGUUACUUAACAAACGCGUUAAAAUUCAUACCACCGCGAGUAAAAGGGAAAUUUCACCGGCCCUUUAUUCGCGCGGUUGCAUAUUUCCCGCCGAUACAUAGCCCCGGUCAGUUUUAAAAAAUCCACGUCGUCGUCGCGUAAUAAGCAUAUAUUAAAGCGGUAUGAGAGCGGCGGCUCGUUGCGAAGGCGGCUGCCCCCGUAAACGGCGCCUCAGCGGCUCGGCACCGGCCAAACUCGCUCGGCCGCGGUAGACAAGUUCCGUCCCCGCGAUCGCGCGGACUCCUCGAAAAUCGCCGCCGCGCUCUCUCUCUUCUCCUUCGAAUCAGCGUCUAAUUGUUCAAUGUCGUUGCGCAGUGCAGUUCUCCUCAGUGCGUGCUGAAGUAUAUCAUCGUCAAGCCUGAUUCGGAUAAGAGACGGAGAAAUGAGGCUACAUCGGGCCGUUUUUGGACUCUUGGUGUCGGUCCUCUGUCUGACGGCAGACGAGAUCGAGGCCGAGAGGAGCGGCUGGAACGUAAAUCCCGAGACGCAGUAUCACAUACAGACGGACGAGGGACCCGAGAGAUACUUUCGCUUCCAGACGCUCAACGGCCAGUACAGGAAGGAGAAACGCCUCGAGGAUGGCACCGUCAUCGGCACCGAGGGAUGGCUUGACCCCUUGGGCUACCUACGCAUCAAGGACUACAUCGCCGAUAGCAAGGGUUUCAGGAUACUCAAGUCGAAGAUGAUAUUCGUCGGCAAGGACAGGCCGAUCCAGGACGCAGUGGCGAUCUCGAAGAAGCUUCCCGCCAACAGCGGCGUUCUCGCGCGACCCGUACGACCGGACAAUCCGUUCAGGCAACCAGAGCUGAAGGACGUGUCGAGCAAUAGCAUCGAGCCCGGGUACGUCUCCUCGAGACCGGUACCAGUCUCUCCAGCACCGGUUCAAUCAAUUAGAUUGCGACCUCGGCCCUUCUCCCUGACGACCCCGUCGCCCUAUCACGAAGACGCCGGUGCUAACUACCUCUACAACAAGCCCUACCGCAGCACCUACCGCCAGAAACCGGGGCUGCUGGUGGAACCGCCCUUCCUCGACCAGGACCAGAACCACCUCGCCAGUCAGAGCAACGCGGCUGCCGUUCGCCUGGCGCCUACGACGUUCAGGGGCUACAGGCGCUACAACGGCACCGCGAGCAACGACGAUAACGGCGGCCGAUUCCCGGCUCGACGGAGAAACAACAACCGAUCGCCAUCGAGCUCGACGUCGCCGGCUUACAAGGAAUACGAGUUCCCGUCCUACGACGGCACGCACAGCAGCGCCGACGGCUUCCAGUACUACCUGAAGAAGCAGUACCACGAGGAGGAGCGAACGAGACCCGACAAGACGAUCGGCUCCUUCGGCUACGUCGAUCCCUUCGGAAUUCGCAGGGUCGUCUACUACAAGGCCGACGCUCAGAACGGCUUCGUCCACCGGAAGAACAACCGAUACGUCGGACACAACGCCAAACCCUACGACCCCGUGCCGAUCGCCGCCGAGCAGGCGAUGCACUGAGUUUUCCGGCUAUCUGGCUUUAGUCGGAUUAACCCGCCAUCGCGCUUUUUCUCUUUAGCCGAAGUAUAGGUACAAGUGCGCGCAGGACUCGAUCUAUCAUCUGGAGAACGAUCUCGAGCUACGGCGAUUAUGCUUACUAAUUUUUAUACCAAGUCAAAACCGACGACGUCUCUUCGCACUCGAGCGAGUGGGGAGAUAUAAUAUUUUAUCGAGCGAUGCGCAUACAUAUAGUUAAUAUACUUAUUAGUCAUUAAUUUUAGACGAUGCAAUAUGUACGAGCGAGACUAAACCGACUAUUUAACACGAGAUUAUCGCGUCCUUUCGUCCGCGCGGCUUUCUAAAAUCGCGUAUAAUCUCGCGCUUAAUGAACUUGAAAACGUUUCUUCUCUAUUUAUUUUAUAGACUUACACGGCAGUGCGUAAACACAGCCGCAUUGUUCCGAGACAAUGCGCGAUGUAGGCGAAAAAAAGCGCGGACACUGGCGCCGAUCGAACGAGAGCUACUUUCCAUCACGAGCUAUGCUAAAUUUCUCUCUUAAUCAAUAGCCCCGAUUUUUCGAAUACUUUGCGCUCUCUCUCGAGAGAGAGAGAGACGAGGACCUCCUUGGAGAACAUUCGAGCGUGGGAAGCGCGUCAUCAUCGUUGCACACGUGCACUUCUCUCUUCUGGCGCACGUGGUUUUCGCGCGAUUACCAUAAACGUCGAGAGAAGCGAAUAAAGCUCGCAUUUCGCUUAACUGCAAGACUGCCAAAUUCGGGAGUUGCGCAACAACCGUGAACAAAGAUUACGAGGAUGCUGCGCUUUCUUUCGGAGUGUGUUUACGAGUAGGCUCCAGCUUUGGACAGUAUACGACGUAUCAGUCAAUUCUACAGAGUACAAGACACGGAGCCUGUUUGAGAAUCCAGAGUAUCGUCUAAUCGUCCAUUAUUAGAUAGAACGACAACUGCGAUGCAUUUACAGAGUCUAACGAUGUACGAGUAGUUUACAGUUUUCAAAUUUCGCAUUAGAAAUGCUCAGGUAUAUUCGCGAGUGAUUCCAGAUCACUUCUUCUUUAUUUGCGCUAAUCACCGUGUUUGCAUACACACACACACACUCACUCACUCACGCGAGAAUGUGAAAGUAUCGAAGAAUGUUAUAGAGUAUUAAUCAAAACGACUUCGCGCCGCACUAAUGACACGGUGAGAAAAAAGCAUGUAAAAGCCAGUGAAAAUUAGAAAAAUAGCGCGCGAGUCUAAAAUUAAUGUAGCGAGCUGUGCAACUAGCGUGAAGAGUUUUAUUAAGCCAAGUGUGUGGAUACUCCAGCCGGCCAUUCGCGCGAGCCGUACGCGAAAUAGCUUUUUUACGCGCGCCGCCUAUGUAGCGUGCGAAAAGAAUUUUCUCGAAAAAUAAAAAAAACAAUCGCUCGAAUGGUAAAAACGCAUAGCGCUUCGGCUGGAGUAUACAAAGCAAAGUGUCGAUAAUUGUAGUGCGCUGCUUAACGAUCCAUCGCGCGCGAGAAGUAAAUAAAUAAGUACAGCGCCCGGUAUAUAACGUAAUAAGUCUUAGGGUAAAUAAAGGCAGCGCGCGACAUUUUCUCUCCGGGCCCUUUUUUUGCCCUCGCGAUAAUCUCGGCCGCGAUGCAGUAACCCAGUGUAAGCGAGCGUUAAGCAACAGAGCGACUCGUUUUUAUCGCGUUAUAUUCUCCGUAGAGUUUAAGGAAAGAAACGAGCCGCCGAUCUCCGCGUGUAAUGGACCGGCGAUUGGUAGCGAUUUCGAGAGACGUCGUUGGAGCCUUGACGAUCACAGUGCAUUUACGUUGCCUCGCGUAGUCGCGCGCUUUUUCCCCUUUUGGGUCUGUUCUUUGACGAAUAAUUCAGGGUUUGGAUGAGCCUUUUCUACUCUCUAUGUUAACGGUUUACGGGGUUCGCUGUGACUUUCGCUCGCAGAUUUUUCCGGAAUGCACUCUGGUCACAAGGCUCCGAGUCAAACGCCUCGAUGUGUAAAUAUGAAAUACAUGAUCUAUACAUGAUGAAUAAAAAUUCUGAAAAUUA